CGAGAGGGGGCGUGGCCUAAGGGCCCAACCUGGGCGGAGCGGCGGCGCCGGCCGCAGUCUGGGCGGUGAUGGCGGCGACUGCUGUGGUGACAGUGACGGCUGCGGCCCCGGCCCAGACCCCGGCCCAGACCCCGGCCCCGGAGGAAGGCGCUUCUUCGGUGCACUGGUUCCGCAAGGGGCUGCGGCUCCACGACAACCCGGCGCUGCAGGCGGCCCUGCGCAGGGCGCGCUGCGUGCGAUGCGUGUACAUCCUCGAUCCGUGGUUCGCGGCCUCGUCCUCAGUGGGCAUCAACCGCUGGAGGUUCCUUCUCCAGUCCCUGGAAGACCUGGACAUCAGCUUAAGGAAAUUGAACUCUCGUCUCUUUGUAGUGCGAGGACAACCCACUGAUGUGUUCCCAAGACUCUUCAAGGAAUGGGGCGUGACCCGGCUGACCUUCGAAUAUGACUCGGAGCCCUUUGGGAGAGAGCGGGACGCGGCCAUCGUGAAGAUGGCCAAGGAGGCCGGCGUGGAGGUGGUAACAGAAAACUCCCACACCCUCUAUGACCUGGACAGGAUCAUUGAGCUGAAUGGGCAGAAACCACCCCUCACCUACAAGCGCUUUCAGGCCAUCAUCAGCCGCAUGGAGCUGCCUAAAAAGCCCGUGAGCGGCGUGACACGCCAGCAGAUGGAGCGGUGCCAGGCUGAGAUCCGGGAGGACCACGACGAGGCCUACGGCGUGCCUUCCCUCGAGGAGCUCGGGUUCCCCACCGACGGACUGGGCCCGGCUGUUUGGCAAGGAGGCGAGACGGAAGCUCUGGCCCGACUGGACAAGCACCUGGAAAGGAAGGCCUGGGUCGCCAACUACGAGAGGCCGCGGAUGAACGCCGCCUCACUGCUGGCCAGCCCCACGGGCCUCAGCCCCUACCUGCGCUUCGGAUGCCUCUCCUGCCGCCUCUUCUACUACCGCCUCUGGGAGCUGUACAAGAAGGUCAAGAGGAAUAACACGCCGCCGCUGUCUCUGUACGGCCAGCUCCUUUGGCGUGAGUUUUUCUACACCGCGGCAACCAACAACCCCAAGUUUGACCGGAUGGAGGGGAACCCCAUCUGCAUCCAGAUCCCCUGGGACCGCAACCCAGAAGCCCUGGCCAAGUGGGCCGAGGGCAAAACCGGCUUCCCCUGGAUCGACGCCAUCAUGACCCAGCUUCGGCAGGAGGGCUGGAUCCACCACCUGGCGCGGCACGCGGUGGCCUGCUUCCUGACCCGCGGAGACCUCUGGGUCAGCUGGGAGAGCGGCGUCCGGGUGUUUGAUGAGCUGCUCCUGGAUGCUGACUUCAGCGUGAAUGCAGGUAGCUGGAUGUGGCUGUCCUGCAGCGCCUUCUUCCAGCAGUUCUUCCACUGCUACUGCCCAGUGGGCUUUGGUCGUCGCACAGACCCCAGUGGAGACUACGUCAGGCGAUACCUCCCCCAGCUGAAGGGCUUCCCCUCGCGCUACAUCUAUGAGCCCUGGAACGCCCCCGAGUCUGUGCAGAAGGCGGCCAAGUGCGUCAUCGGGGUGGACUACCCCAAGCCCAUGGUCAACCACGCGGAGACCAGCCGGCUCAACAUCGAGCGCAUGAAGCAGAUCUACCAGCAGCUGUCACGUUACCGAGGCCUCUGUUUACUGGCCUCUGUCCCGUCCUGCAUGGAAGACCUCAGCAGCCCCAUGGUGGAAGCGAGCGUGGGCCAGCCGGGCCUUAGCAGCACAGGCCCAAAGGUCCCGCCCUGCCCCCCAGCGUCCCCUAAACGCAAACACGAGACCCCGGACGAGGCUUGUGGAGGGGAGCACGGCAAACGGGCCCGCGUGAUGGUGGCAGUGCCCGGACCAGAGCUGGUGGGCAGAGAUGUGUGAGAGCGAGGGGCACCAGCCGGAGGGCAGCAGAAGAGGGGACAUGCCGCAGAGCGGAGCGGACGCAGAGAGAGGGGCGCAGGGCGGCCGCGCUGCCGGUGACCACGGACGGCGGGGAAAGCCGGUCCCCCGGGAAGGGAGUGUGUGUGUGUGCCUGUGUCUGUGUGCAGGACGCGGUGGGCGGUGGGGAGGAGGGAGCCUCCCCCCGGAUGUACCCACCCUAGGCACCCCGGACUGAGGCUCCAUGCCCCCCACUGACCAGUCGGUGAGCUUGCCCAGCUGCCCGAUGCUGCUGUCAGGGCGCCAGGCCCGCGCCUCUGCUCCCAUCAGGGCCGUGAUGCUGUAGCCGGGGCCGGGGGCCCAACACCGGCCUGGCCCCCCAUGGGUCCUUCAACCACCCGAGCUCCCGGGGCCAUCUUGUGGUGGGGCCUAAGCCCCCUGCCUGGGCCCAGCUGUCCCACCCUCCCUGCCCUGCCUCCCUAGGACCCAGAUUAGCUUAAAGGGAUACAGGGGGUGGGGGUCGUCUUCAGUCAGUCACAUGGUGGGUUAAGGGACUCCUCCCAGUGGCCCCCUGUACUCCUCCCACCCCCCACUGACCAGGAGUUGCCAGCCCGGCCAAAUACCCACCCUGUUGUGGUCCCCAAGGCCUUCUGGGAACCGGUCAGUGUGCCGGGAUGUCCGGGGAAGCCAGCCGAGGGGAGGCCAGGCCUCGAAUUCCAGGGGUGUCCAAGGGCCCCCCACCUCCAUCAUCGCCCCCACCCCCAGCCACCUCCUACCUCCCCUAAAGGGCUGAAGGCCUGCCUGAGGCUGGCGGGGAUAAACCGUGGUGCAGACC